AUGAAUCAACGAAAGAAAGUGGUACUUGUAUCGUUCGGUUCCGUGGUAGCCAGCUAUAUGAUGCCAAAUGAAACAAAACAAGCUUUCCUCAACACAUUCGAUCGGUUCCCAGAUGUGACGUUUAUUUGGAAGUACGAAAAGGAGGAACACCGUAUCGCCGAUGGGCAUCCAAAUGUGAUCACCGAUAAAUGGCUACCGCAAACUGACUUACUCGGUAACAUUAUUUUUGCUCUGAAGAGAGCAGUUACUAUUAUCGUCGGUAGAUAAUU